AUGAAGCCCCCCAGGUUCCCUGCCAACCAGGACGAGACCCCCGCAGAGGGCCCAGCCCCGACCGGGAAGCGCGUGCGCAUCCGCAGCAUCAACAACGUGGUCCACCUGUUCAGCUCCGGGUCCCGCGAGGAGACGCCCGAGCCAGAUGCUCAGCCCUCCACCACCAACCGGGUGCUGCAGUUUGGCGGUCCUUCCUGGGAUCCCAAUUCCCCGGAGGACGGCGGCGGCAGUCCCCUGGAAGACCUGGCAAAGGGCCAUCCCUCCAGGGUGGCGCAGCAGCGGCGGCGACGGGGAGGCUCCCCCGCAGCGGCCAUCGCGGCGACGCUGGCCUGGAUGACGGCCUCCUCGGCCCUCAUAUUUUUGAACAAGGACAUCAUGGUGGACAGGGGAUGGGGCUACCCCUUUGCGCUCACCGCCAUCGGCCAGUUCUCCAGCGCCGGAGCGGGCUGGGCCAUGGGCCGCCUGGGGCUGGUCCGGCUCAGGCCUCGCACCUCUCUGGGCACCAGGCCCCGCCAGCACGCGCUCGUGGCCGCCUGCUUCGCGGCCUCCCUCUUCCUGGGCAACGCCGCGUACCUGGGCCUCUCCGUGGCCUUCAUCGGCAUCCUCAAGGCACUCGCGCCCGUGGCCACGCUGGGCGCCAGCCUGGCGCUGGGGCUGGAAAGGAUGUCGCUGCCCGUCGGCCUGGCCACCGCCCUCAUCGCGGCGGGGACCAUGCUGGCCACCGCGCAGGAGGCCGCAUCCUCCCACUUCUCGGUGCUGGCAUUUGCAGCGUUCGCCACCAGCGUCGGCUUCGAGGCCCUGCGCGUCGUACUGACGGAGCGGCUGCUGGCGGGGGAGGGCGCCGCGCCGCGGAUGAGUGCCGCGGAGGUCCUGGUCUACAUCGGCCCCUUGACGGGCCUCAUGCUGCUGGCGGGGUCCGUCCUCGUGGAAGGGCCCCACAUCCUCCGGCGGGUGCAAGGCGGAGAGCUGGCGGCGCUGGCCCCCGCUUUGGCCCUGGCCUCCGGCGUCAGCGUCCUGGUCAACCUGUUCUGCUACUGGGCCAUCUCUGCGACGUCGUCCACCACCUUCAAGGUGGUGGGGUGCCUGAAGAACAGCGUGGUGGUGGCGCUGGGCGUCGCGGCCGGCGACCCCAUGACCGCCAGGGAGCUGCAGGGGUACGGCAUCUCCAUGCUGGGCUUCGGGCUCUACACCUGGAUCAAGCAGAGGGCGUAG